AGGUGCUUAUGGGGUGCUUUUAGACCAAAAUGCUUGUUCGCUUUAGAGGGGGUCACGUCGUACAGUCCUACACUCCUACAUUCCUGCACUUAGAAAUCGAAUAGUUUUACAGUUUUGCGUUUGCGAUGUGACAACCACACAGAUGCUGUAGCGGUUUGGUCCUUAACGUGACCCUUACUUGAGCGCACGCGCAGUCGCAUUUACAACGUUUACAGUCGCAGCAGUCGAGCUAUUAUUGUCCUGUUCAUGGAUUUGGGGUUUUAGUGGUGGGCCGGUGGCUACAUAGGGUUUAACUACUGCCAUGGCUCUGAGGAAGUGUUGGAGGUUUCCCGGCAUGGUGCCGCGGCUGCUGCUGACCAGCGGCGCCCUUCCAGUGUCACCAGCCCCGGUGUUACGACACUCUCUGUCCGGCUUCGUCAGCUCUCACCCCGGCUGCACAUAUGCGGUCAGCACAGUGUUGCUGCGCAGUUUCAGCUCAGCGCCGCCGAGUACAGAUGUGACCUACGAGCAGCUGAAGCGGCUCCUGGCUGCACGCAAGGCUGCAGUAAUAGAUGUCCGAGAGCCCUGGGAACUCAGAGAGUAUGGCUUCAUCCCCGGCUCGAUAAACGUGCCCUUAGGACAAGUGAGCACAGCCCUCCAGCUGGAGCCACAGGAUUUCAAAGAUAAGUAUGGUGGAGAAAUGCCCCAGCAGACAGAUAACAUCGUCUUCACCUGCCUGGCGGGGAUCAGGAGCAAGACAGCACUAGAAGCAGCCACCUCACUGGGAUACAAAGAUGUCCAGCAUUACCCUGGUGGAUGGCAAGACUGGAUGAAAAAUGAACAGGGAUAAUGGAGCAAGAGAGACUUUAAAGAUCCCCUACUGAAGACAUCAUGUCAGAUCAGUCUGUAUUAUAGCCUCCCAGUGCUACUACAUUACAAGCUCUUGACUGUCAUAAGAGGUCUUGUAAAGGGCUUUUAGAUAGUUGAAACACUUAUAUUGUUUUAUGAGCUAAUUUCAGAAGGCUUCUUAACCUGUGAAUCCCAAAGACCUUUCAGAGCAGAGGGUUUGGCAGUCACUUAUCUGCUGCGGCACCCUUAAGAACUACUGCCAUACUAUUUAAUUUCAGUGAUUGUAAACUUGUCGCAGUACUUACUGGAGGAACCAUUAUUGACCGUUUACAAACUGUGAACAGCUGAUACCCUAAGCAAAAACAAGCAUGUUGCCAGUAAUGUUUCUAACUAUACAGAAGGCUAAACAAUACUAAGACUACAGCAGCAAUAAAAGACUGAAAACAGGCUACAUGUUGCCUAUUUUAGUCAUCAUUUCCUUUUAAUUUUUAAUUUGAAGUAUCUCAUUCCUGUUUUGUUUUCCUCUCAGGACAGUCUAAGCAAAGAAGUUGUUUUAAAGGACUACUUAACUGUUUGAUUCUGAGUUUAUCUGAAGUCUACCAAUGCAAACGAUAAAGUCUACUGCAUUACAGGUUUUGUAAAUAUUAUAUAGGUUGGUGCUCACAGGUGCAACAAUAAGUGUAGUUGUUGCGAACAUAACUCAAUAAAGGAAAAAACUGACUUUUAA